AUGCCGCCGUUGGUCGACCACGACCAGAUUUAUGUUUUCCCGAUGGAAAAGCUGUGGGUGCUCUUCUCCGUACUUAUAACUGGUCCUUUGCAGGUCUUAUCAGGUUUUCUAUCAUGGUAUCUUGCAGGGAAACUCAAGGCUUUUGAUCGUCGGGGCCACGUUGCAAAACUGUGCAUUGUGUUCCUUCCUCUGCUUUGUGCAUCUCUUAUUGCAAUUUCCCGAGUUGAUGACUACUGGCAUCAUUGGCAAGAUGUGUUCGCAGGAGGUUUUCUAGGAUUGGUAAUUGCUUCAUUUUGUUACCUGCAAUUCUUCCCACCACCUUAUGAUGUAGAUGGUUGGUUUCCUCAUGCGUACUUGCAUGCAAUGGCUGACUCCAGACACAACGAUCAACCGACUGCAAACCCUCUUCAGUCGAGGCCGUCAGAGAUGGAGACUGUUUAUGUUUCAUCUGAGGGCCAAGAUGGGAUCCACUUGAGGGACACAAUCCUGAUUCUGAACUCGAUGGAGGCUGGGAGAAGACAGUGAGUUCGACGCUGGGAUGCUGCACGAGUGUAGCAUAGAUUUUCCACAUCCAAAUAGUUGGAAACAUGAUUCAUCAUCUCUUCUUACCUCUCACCAUGUUUUCAUUCUUGAUCCCCAGCAACUGCUUUAAUUUCCCCUUCAAAUGGGAAAUUGAAGGCAGUGUGUAAGAUUCAUUCUUCUCUCUUCUUCCUGCUGUGUAGGGAGGGUCUCUCCUCUGCUCUCUAUGUAUACAUGAUGAACUCCAACAUCUUGUUUUAAGUUAUUCUGCAUGCUGAAACAUUAGAAUUGUCGAAACAUGCAGCCACUGAUGGCGAAAUCUUUCCCUGGCACCAAAACUGUAAUUGGGAAAGACUGUUUAACUCUUCAAUCCAUCUUUUUGUGCUCAAAA